UGUUCCGCAGCAACAGACGUCGUGUCCUCCAGACAUGUUAAAAUGUUGCUAGUAUUAUGUAGGGUUUCCUUGUCGUUUAAAAGUUUGAGAAAAGUAUCAGCCCGGCGUUGGCAUCAUACUAGUUUGACAAGUUAGUUAACGGUUUAUUCCCUUUUUUUUUUCUUUUUUUUUUAAUAAUACACAUAUGUCAAACAAGGCAUAAGGAAGGGAUUGUUUUCAAGUACAUCAUUUUGGAUCAUGGUGGAGAGAAAUGUGCUAUUACUGACAUGCAGAUUUGAUUUUUUUUCUGCUCGCAUUUAUAAUCUGAUUGUUCGUUGAGAAUUGUAUGAACAGUAUGAAUUGUUUUGCCUCUAUUAGGAGGACUUAGUGACAAUGGAAAUGGUGUAGCAAAUUAAUAAUUGGGUAUACUUUGAGUGCAAAAGUUAGCAUCCCCCCAGGGUAUCUGAGUAUAAAAGUAAAACGUUCUGGCAUUACAGUUUAUACAGAAAAGUAAUCCAAGCUACAGGUGAAAUCCUGAAGUAAGAUUACAAUCUCAAACAUAUUGUACAAUCAAGAGAGGCAUGGUCUGAAAACAACAAUUUUCCUGUGACCUUGUUGCAGGAUGUGAUCCAGAGAAGGCAGUAGAUGACACAUGGGAGAGUGAUAAAUACAUCAAGAAUACGCAAGGCGAAUAUUACAACCAAGAUUAUUUAAAGCAAAGUGUGCGGCCAGUGUUUGGGUAGGUUUUCAUUCUAACCAAAAAGCCUCCAGUAGACUCUCAGAUAUGGUGCCUGCUUGGUUGGAAUGAAAACCUGCAGCCAUACUGGUCCUUUGCUGAUACAAUUGAACAUCCCUGACCUAAAAGGUGACCUAAUUAACAACAUGGACAAAAAAGCAACAUGGGACAGGUUUUACACAGAAAACAGCAGGAAAGGAAAUUUCAAGAAUUUUGAGUGGUUCUUUGGCUUUCAUUCAGUCAAAGACUACAUCUUGCCUCUACUGCAGUCCAUGUCUGAUACUCCUGCACCAUUACAUGUUCUGGACAUUGGCUGUGGCACCUCAGCAUUGGGGCCUGGUAUCUUCACACACUCACAAUGUGCAGUGAAGGUCACAUGUGCCGAUAUCUCUCCGGUGGCGGUGCGGUUAAUGCAGGAACAUGCUGAAAGUACACCAGUGCAACCCUGCAAUCCAGCCUCUACCCUUUUCUUCAGAGAAAUGGACUGCACAGAGCUGGAAGGACACUUUGAGCCCAGAAGCCUGUCCUUGAUAGUAGACAAAGGUACAACAGAUGCACUGGUGAGGUCCAAGGAAGGACGAUCAAAAGCUGGUCAAAUUGUACAGCAGUGUCUGACUGUGUUGAGAUGCUCAGGGAGCUUGCUGCAGUUUUCAGACGAAGAUCCAGAUGCCAGGCUGCUUUGGCUGGAGAAUGAGAGUCAAAACUCAGCUGAUGUAUCAGUACAUGAAGUUGGAGAAUUAAGAGGGGUCACUUACUUCUGUUAUCAAAUAACUCCUUAUACAGCCCAACACUGACAUCUUGAAUGUUACUCUCUAUUUUGUGUGAUACUGUCAUUUUGCUUUAUGUGAUUAUAUUUCUCCACACAUUAGAUUACUACUGCUUGUUGUUAUUCCAGUGAUUUUGACCGUGAUUAUUGUAUGCACAAUGCAAUCACAAUGUUUGCGUCUUGGUAUUUGUAAACCAGACCAAUUGGCAGAAUGAAUAGUUUAAAGAUAAACCAUUGAAUGCAGAUGCGUUAGCAUUAUUUUACAUGUAACAUUUUAUUUGUAACUUGCAUAAGUGCCAAGUUUUAAACAAACAACAAAAGCCAUUUUUUACAAAAAGCCAAUAUAGCCUCAUACAAUAUUCUGAUAGACUCCAAAACAGCCAACAGUGUAUCCAUGCAAAGCAGGGUUGAGGUUUAUAUGGCAUAUAAAAAUAUAAAAAUUGGAAAUUGUAGAUAGUACAAUGGUGUCCACAUAAAAUACCACCAAUAAAAGCCUGGGAUGAUUAAGAACACCAAUAAUGAAGUACAAAAACAUUAAGGUGUUAAAGUAAACAAUGUUUUGGGUUUUUUUUUUUUUUUUUAAAUACACAAUGGCACGUUAUAAAAAGUGAAGGAAAAAAAGGUAGUUUACGGAUUUAUAGCUUACUUUAAACAAACGAAUAAAGUUUCUUCCAAAGUGUUUCCACAUU